UGGGGAGCCGCUGUCCGGCCACUGAUGCUGCCGCGGCUGAUUAGGCGAGGUUUUUCUUGAGUCUCCUGGCAAUGUCCUUGAUCUUGUCUGCCUCUGUGGUCCGUGUGAGAGAUGGACUCCCUCUGUCGGCCUCGACUGACUAUGAGCAAAGUGCUGGUGUGCAGGAAUGUAGGAAGUACUUCAAAACUCUUGCAAAGAAACUUGCUCAGCUUCCUGAUAGAUGCACGCUGAAAGCAGGGAAGUAUAACAUAAAUUUUAUUAGUUCCUUGGGAGUGAGUUACAUGAUGUUGAGCACUGAAAAUUACCCCAGUGUCCUCUCCUUCUGCUUCUUGGAUGAGCUUCAAAAGGAGUUCAUCACCACAUACAACAUGAUGAAAACAAAUACAACUGUUAGGCCCUACUGUUUCAUUGAGUUCGAUAAUUUCAUUCAGAGGACCAAGCAGAGAUACAAUAAUCCACGGUCUCUGUCGACAAAGAUAAACCUUGCUGACAUGCAAACAGAAAUCAGGCUGAGACCGCCGUAUCAAAUUUCCUUAUCUGAACUAGGUUCACCUAAUGGAUUACCACAUAUAUCCCUUAAGGAAUACAAAGGUACUUGGAAAAUAUCUGCAGCUCCUCACCAGCGACUGGAACCUGUGACGCUGUCAGGGAUUGUUUCCUCUGUACUCAGCCUUUUAUGUGGAGCUUUGAAUUUAAUUCGUGGCUUUCAUGCUACAGAGAGUCUUUUGCAGAAUGGGGGAGAAGACUUCAGCUAUGUUAUUGCUUUUUUCCUUGGCACAGCAGCUUGUUUGUACCAGUGCUAUCUGUUCGUCUAUUGCACCGGCUGGCGAAACAUCAAAUCCUUCCUCACCUUCGGCUUGAUCUGCCUAUGCAAUAUGUACCUCUAUGAACUGCGCAAUCUUUGGCAGAUCUUUUUCCAUGUGACUGUGGGUGCUUUUUCAACGUUGCAGAUCCGACUGAGACAACCACAAGGCAAGUCCCCUGAUUACAAUGUGUGAUGGUUUCCCUAUGAACGUGGCAGCCUUGAUCCAAGCAGCAAUUCCUCUCAGGAAUGAAAAGUUUUUCUGUAAGGAAAAAGCUCCCCAUACUUGAAGGCAUAAAUGACUGGACAGUGAAAUUCUUCCUCAAAAGAAGAACUAAACAAAGGAUUUGGGAACUAAUUGAGGGACAAACGAGGUCCUCCACUAUGCAGGAGACUGUACCCCCAAGGGGGGACGGACGGACAAGUACUUUGGAGGGCAGCAUGAAAAACCUCACAUUCAGAACUAUGGAAAAGCAAGGAUGUGUGUAUUGGACUUGUUCUGCAUAUCAAGUGAUUUCUCCAAUCCCAAACCAGUUUUGCCUUUGUGAGGCAGUAGAAUAGGCUGUAAUAAAAGGAUGGCAUUGCAUAUUAACAAACUGUUCAGUAUGAAUGACUUCCUAAAUGCCAGGUUAUUGGAUUGCACAUCAAUUUAAUGGUGUGUGUGUCUGCGUUUCCCUUAAUUAAAACCUCACCCUGAAACCAUCUGUUCAUGGGGAUUAGCGGCUUGGCCCCAAAGGCCGGCCCUCUAGUGCUGAGUUAAUUACAAAUUGCUUUACUUAUUCUCU